AGAGGGUGGUGGAGGAGGAGAGGGGGAAUGAAGUUCCUGAGCCCCAUUCCCCCACUGGGGCCUCAGAGCAGCCUGUUCGAGGCGAAGAACAUAACAGGGGCGAGGUGGUUCAUCAACAACACCUUCCCCGAAGUGGACCGAAGCUACGCGCGGGAGGAAGCUCUGAGGCAUGGUGGAGCGUCUGUGGUGAGGCACGCUCUAGAGAGCGCGAGCUCGGUGAAUGGUCUAGCCCAGGAAUUCAGGGAGAGCCUGAAGGAGCGGGCACUCUUGCAGAGGCAGUAUGACCAGCUGCAAAAGGAGAAAGAGGAGCUGGAGAAGAAAAAAAAAGAACUGCAAGAGUCUCUAGAUGAGGUGGUUCCAACUGUGAAGCAGUUGGAACAGGAUAGGUCGUCCCUGGGCACCAAGCUCGGCUUUGAAGAGACCAAGCGAAAGAUCUCUGAAAGCGAGCGUGAGGCUCUGGCACAAGAAUUAAAGCUGACGAAGGAGGCUUUCUUGGAGCUGAAGGGGAAUGUGCAGACCCUAGUGCACAAUGGGAUGAAGGAGCACAUCGACAACUUCAUCAGCUUCAGCUCGUUUGACAACAUCGUCAACUUAUACCGACUGCCUACUGCCAUCAUCGCAUUCAUGGACUGCAGGAAGAAGGUGAAGGCCAAAUAUCCCGAAGUGGAUAUUACGAAGAUCACCUUCGGAGAGCAAGAAGAAGGAGUGGAGGAAGAUGGUGAAAGCAUGUCAGCAGACUUCCGUCCUCAGAUCAAACUGAGGUGGGAGGAUGAUGCAAACGGACGUGCUGUUUUCCCUCCACAGUUCGACUUCGAGUUCGUGGCAGUGGAGGAUCAAGGGGCAGAGGUAGAGGGAGACGAGAUGGAGGCAAGAGUGGAGGAAGCUGAAGUGGGUGAGAGCCAACCCGCUCUAGAAGUGGAGAUUCAUCCAGUUCCCUCCGACGAUGAGCAGCCUCCUCUGCCAGACGAGCAACAGCCAAGACAGCCACCUUUUCCAACCGAAGAGGAGCCAGUGGAGCCACCUCCUCCAGCGGAGAACUAAUUUUGAUUUGUUGUUUUUAAUUUUUUGUAGAACAUUUAAACAGUUUGUAACACUUUUAUUAUGUUUAAUGAAAUUAUGUAUUUGUU